AUGCAGGACAAUAGAGGAAGUGUCUCUGGACAGCACCAAAGGAGCGCUCAGGCGGUGGCAGCCGUGGGCCUGCGGUUGCUGUGGGCAGCUGUGCGGCUGGUGUCUCGGGCGGGUGGCCAUCCUCAUGCCUGUGUUGCUGACGGGGAUGGCGAGCUUCAGAAAGGCUGGGGAACUUGCCCAAGGUCACACCACUUGGAAGUGCCCGGGAAGCCCCGGUCAGGACUGUUCCAAACACCUGCCCUGGAGUCCCAGCAGCUGGGCUGGCAGGCGGUGCGGGCAGAGCUGGGCAGACGAGCCAGGGUGGAGAGGCGGGAGGAGCCGCAGUUAGACGGCAAGGGCAGGGCUGGCAGGAUCUGGUCAUCUGAGGUUACACGUGUGUGGUGCGAGGGCGCGCUGAGCGCCACACUGAUGCUGCCCGUCUUCGCCCUGGCUGCGUCUGUCCUGCAGUGCGCCCGGAACCCGCCUGUGCCACGCAAGCCGAAUGGUGGCUUCGCCCUGGGAGACCCGGAGGCCGGUCGGGGCGGCUCACCCACGGGGACCCUCACUACGUUACGCCCUGAGUUCCUGCCUGGGCGCCGGCUCUCCACGUCUGCAGGGGGCCUCCCAUCCCCUCCCCUGACUGAGUCCCGCCUCCAGCGUGUCUCGGCCCGCAGGGUCCUCUGCUUCCUUCGCUUCCUUCCUCCUGCAUCUCACACCAGGGGAUCCUCUCCCGGGCAGGCACAGCCCAUCCCCCAGGGCUCCCCUCUGUCCUGCCCCCACGGCCCGCCAGGGCCUCAGGGAGACCCCCACGUGGCACCCUGGACAGCCCUCCCCCCGCCACCCCCUCCAGGAGCAUGUGGAGGGGCCCCGCUCACCGUCCCACACCACCCCGCCCCCACUGUCUUCCUUCUGCCGCAGGAACAGCCUCUGAGGUCACCAGGGUCCUGCCCGAGCCACCCCUGCAGCAGCGCCUGGCCUCCCUUCUGCCAGCUUCCGCAGCUGCCCAUGGGACUGUUCCACUGCCCGUCUCCUCUGCUGAGUUUAAGCCCCGUCGUUACACCCCUGGCACCAGGACCAGGACCUGGCACACAGCAGGGCCGGCUCGAGUCUUGGCGUCUUUGCAGCUGGUCCUACAGCUACAGGAUGAAGGCGUGGACACCUUCCAGCUCUGCCACCGUCAGCUCGCACCAGGACAACUCGUCACAGCCUCCUGGGAGGUCCCCACAGGACUCUCGAGUGAGACAGCAGCAGGGGCCAGGCCCACUCUCCUCAACCCGAGAGCGCACUCCCCUUGUCUCUGCUUCCGCUGGACACUUCCACUGCAAAGCCGCCGCAGGGAGCACCUCCUCGCUUCUCUCUCUGGGCCCUGUUGGGAGCCGCUUUGGUCAUCUGGGUCACUUUCCUCGGUGCUCCACCAGGAGCCCCGUGGGGAUGUUUGGAGAGAGAGGAAGCAUCUGUGUCCAGGAGACCCCCGCUCACCCCGGCGAACAGACGGCAGGGGGGGGGUGCAAGGUGGGAGGGCUCAGGCCACUGUCAGCCCGUUCCCCGAAGGACACAUUCUCACUCUAAACACACCCCGGCAGCAAGAGAACUUCAUUUCAACUGUUCCUUCAAUUAUGCAUAACUUGUUAGAUUGACUUUUAAAAAGACAAAAUAAUUUUAAAAAUAAGGGUCAUUUUGCCCCCAAGCAUGGUGGAUCAUUGCACUUGAACAAAUGGGUAUAAAGCAAUAAUUCCGUCAUCGGGAGCCUCCCGGGGAGGCCUGACAGCACAGCUUUGAUGACAGUGAGUAUACGUGGCUGUAUUAUUGCAGCGAACAAUGCCAGCGACCCUUGAUCACAGCCUGGGCCGAAAAGUAAAUGAUUCCCAAAGACAUAUCUGAUGGAUGCAUGUCUUGGAAAAAUGUCCUCAGGACUGAGGCUUAGUUGCUUUUGUAGAAAGGUGAAUCUCAGCUAGUAAGGGAUUUAGUAGUCAGAGCUCUGGACACACCGGGUCAACCCCCACUGAAUCAGCCAUAAACGCAGGGUCCUUGGUAAGUCCCAGAGCUCUCUGGAUUUCAGAUUUCUCCCUGCAAAACAGAGAUCAUAACGUCCGUUUUAUCCACCCUAUAUUAAUAGCAUUGCUAUGAGGGCGGAAAUCAAAAUGCGGCAGUAUCUUAUUCCAUUUUCACGUUUUCAAUUCCCUUUAACGUGUCUUCGGUCGUUUUUAGCUGUUGCGUAGUCUAAGGUCCACGGCACCGGCUGGGGUUCUGGGGGUUUAACCUUGUCUUCACUGUUUCUGCUGACUCUGCCUGCAAUCCGUGCUCCUGGAGGCGGUUUGGCUGAGGGGUCUAUGGGGUACUGAGGAGGGAAGCAGCCUCCAGAGGGGCUUCUGCCGGGUGCCCUGAGUGUGCCCCCCUGACACCCCCUGCAGUGCAUCGAAUGUUGAAAUCCUUGCUCCCCUGAUGUGAUGGUGUUAGGGCCUUGGGAGGCGAUUAAGUCAUGAGGGUGAGCCCUCAGGAAUGGGAUUAGUGCCCUUGUAAAAGAGACCCCAGGGAGGGGUCUUUCCGCCACGCGAGGAUACAAUGAGAAGGCGGCAGUCUGCACCCCCUUGCAGACCUGACCCUGCUGGCACCUGGUCUUGGACUUCCAGCCAGGGCCUUUCCUCUCCUCUGGGGCCAUCGGUGCCCUUCCCACCACCUGGUGCUCCCACUACCAAGAGAAGAGCCACUUCCCCACUGAGUUCUCAGCUUUGUCCCUGCUGUCCCCUUCACUGAAGGGGUGUCCAGCCCCUUGGAGGGGAGGCUGAGCUGGAGGACAAGCUGGGCUCGCCACAGUGCUCCCAAGGUGAUGCCCCCUGCCCUGUGGGGCUGCCCCUCCCCCGGCCCAAGAGAGGGAGCCAGCAGAGCUCCCAGAAGGUGCCCACGGGAAAGUGAUGCACCAGGAGAAUGUGUGCAGUGACCUCAGGUACCCACAGGUACAGUCACACCUCCCCACGCUGAGUGGUGGGGCGGGGGGCGGGGGAGACAGUGACUCAUCAGAGUCAGGGAGGAUGAGACAUUGUAACGAAUCCGUGUCGCUGCCUGUGAAGAAUCGCUCUUCCCCCGGUCCCACGGACAGUGCGGCAUAGCACGGGAGACCACACAGAACACACCGGAACUCCAGGUCCAGCUCUGCCCAUUGACCGAGCGGCGCUGCCCCUGAUGAGCUGCUCAGCGUCUCGAAGCCUCCCCCGCUUGUUUGCUGGACGGGGACAGGGCCGCCAACUCCUGCCACUUGCAUGCGAUGGGAAUUGCCACAGCGGGCCGGGCCCACAGAGCGUCAGUAUUUUCUGCACCAGCAAAACUGUUGCCUUUGUGUUAUUGGACUAUUUGGGGAAUGCCUAGAGU